AUGUUUGGAUGUUGUUGUGUAAACAAAAAAGCCCUCAAAAAGGAGCAAGCUAAAAUCGAAUCGAAAGCGACCGCAGAAGCGGGUGACGAUAAAAAGUCAAAUGAAAAUGACAACAACAAUGUCAAUACGAAAGCAUCGCCACAAAAAGUAUCAGCAACAGAUGCGACUUCACCCGUCAGUGAAGGACGAAAUGAUAAAAGUAAUAGCAGUGAAGAAGGAAAUAAUUUUAAUCUCAACGGUCUAAUUAUGAGUGAUGGCUUAGUAGAGGAAAUUGAUAUACAAUUGAAGAGUCGAUUAGAACGUGAAAAAAGCACAGAUACAACGUCAGGCGGGAGCAAUAUUACUGUUAUUGAAGGUCACGUACCUGACGAAUCUGUAUCGAAUAUACACGAUGAUGAUCUAUGCAAUAAUAUAUUGAAUAAUAAUCAAAUUGUUAAUAAUACUGUUUCUAUUUCUAAAAAUAUUGAUAAUAAUAAUGUUGAGGAAUUUGAAAUUGAAAGUGAUAGACAUAGUGCCAAAAAUAAUAAUGGAAAUGACUCAAUAUCUAAAUUAAACUCAAAUUCAUCGACAAGAUUGCCGGGUUGUUUGCUCAGACGUGAUUCUUCGCGUGCUUCCGUCAAAAAGAAAGUAAGAUGUAGUGAGACAGCCGAAGUCAUUCCAACACCGGAUUACUUCAUUAAUACGGACGAGUUGCAUGCUGAAGAGGAUGAAGAUGAUGUCUUUUGUGAUGAAGUUCCAGCUCAAAUGCCAAGAGGAAACAUGUGUACUCCAUAUGUUGCACGAAAAGGAUCACUUCCAGUUGUUGAGCCAUUACCUGACUGGUUUCCAAAUCCGAGGUGUUUUUAAGAUUAAAAAUUAAUCUUUUUAUCUUGUUGAGUUUCAACCGAAAGAGAUGAAUAUUUUAACCCUUAAAACCUCGUUUCAUGUUACAUUACCU